ACGGAAGUUUUCGUUUGAUGUCGGAAGUCCGACCGAAGAAGAAAGCAAGCACAACAAAACACAGGCGGACAAAUCAUGGCGCAGCAAAUCGAUAUGGCAGAGGAAGAGCGGGAUUUUCAAUUUGAUUUCAGUGUCGAAGACGGAAAUAUUCUUUGUGAGGAGUUAUUGCCUUCGACUCUUCCCACAAAGAUGUCCAGAAGACGUCAAACAAUUCAUGGGAAUGAAAUAAGAAAGGAGAAUGAUGCCUUUUCAACUGUCAAGGGGUCAAACAGCAGGAAACGAGUGAAAAGGUCAGCAUCCGGCUGUAGUGUGGGAAAUUUUUCUCCGUUGUCCACUGCCGUGGUGCCUCAGUCUCACAAUGUUUCUUUCACCGGUGUUGUCAAGGGGACUCUGAAACGUCAUGUGUCAUCGUGUGUUUUAAAACAUAAGCUCAAGAAAUUUCAGGACUACUCCCUUCCUUACAAACAUGACGCUUUUGCCAUGUUGCGUGAAACCUGCAAUGUUCGCAAACAGCGCACCAGUCCCACGAAGCCCCUGACCAGGAGUCAGACUUCAGCUACUCCACCUCCAAAACCUCCAAGGCAGAGGACUCCGAGAAAAUCUACUCUCUCUGGCCCCAAAUCUGGUGGUGCUGAGAAUUCUCCUGUCUGGAAGUUGCGUCAAGAGAAGACCAAACUAAAGGAAUCGGACCAUGACCUGCAGCAGAAGAUCGACCACGAGAUCAAGAUGCGGGAGGGCACGGCGCGCCUCCUGGUGGCCAGCAAACACCCGGCCCAGGUGCUGGAGGCAGCCAAGAACCUGCUUUCCUCCAACACGCGCAUCAUCGCCUACAUGAGUGAGCUGCAGAGGCGCAAGACGGCCGAGGUGCUCGGGAAACACACAUAUUCGCAUUCCAUUGAUGUGGAAGGACGCAGAUCAUUUCAAGAACAAAGGAGAUUAUCGACGCUACGCCGUCUUCUGCCUCCUGAAAGUGGGAACAGAGAUUUUUGACACCUCAAUGAUUAGCAAUGUUGACAGAAGCAUGACAGACAUCACAUUUGAGGACAUUGUACUUUUUGAGGAUGUUCCCCAUGACUUUGAGAUGAAGCUGGAGGUGUACUGCCACAAGCUUCAUGAGGAGUUCUCCGUUGCCAACACGCCCAAAAAGCUCAAGAAGAAGAUCAACGACAUCUCAGGCUCCGUGGGUCGCAGCGUGGGCAAACGUUUGUCCGGUCUGAGGUCCAAAGUUUGAACUGGUUGCCAAGGGAUCCCUCAGUCUUUCCGAUGUGGACAACUCUGUCCGCACAUUUGACCUACAGCUGGAGACCAAUUCAGAGGGCCAAGUGCCAGAGCUGCCCCUGUUUGGCCACUACUGCUGCCGUCUGGCCGCCCUGCCACAGUGUCUGGUGCAGCCCACGGUCACAGGAUUCCUCAACUUACAGGAGGACGAUGAUCUGUCCAAGUGGAAGAGGUACUGGUGCUCCCUGAAGAACCUCCAGCUGGCCUGCUGGUCCAGCCCCGACGAUGUGGAAGUCACGCAACCUCUGCUCUCGAUACCCGUCACCAAGAGCACUCAGAUCAGCGACGCUGACCCCAGCACCAGCAGAAAGCCGCACUCAUUCCUCAUCAAGACCGUCAACCUGAACGGCAUCUUCCACCACACGCUCGCUGCAGACUCCAAAGAGGACUUGAAUCGAUGGUGGGACGGAUUCCAGCAACAUUUACUAGACCAAGCAUUAUGGAAACAUGCCUGUGAUGAACUCAUGGACUUGAAAGUGGGAACAAGACGUAAAGUGCCAGCCUUCUUGAGGAAAAGCUCCUUGUACGAUGAGACUCCGCUCAUAGAUCCAGAGGGCAGCACAGGAGACAAGAUGGUGGGCGACCUUGGGCUUGGGGACGACCAGCUGAGCCAGAUGCUGCACACACUGAUGGGCGAGGCCAGUCAAAUCCGUGGUGGUGCCUCAUCACAGUCAUAGGCUAGCGACGCUACACCCUCUACCGACACCCUCCCCCCUCCUCCUCCUCCUCCUCUUCCUCCUCCCCACCCCCACUGCAGCAAUAUCUCAGCAACAGUCUGGACCACCGAGCGAUGGAGAGGACAGACGUUUUAUACUCUAUAGUGAUGCUUUGUCAAUGUCAGGCAUAAUUGAGCUAUUUUCAGGCUGCCUGUUCUGAUCAGCCAUAUUUCCCGUCAGCGUAUAGAGAUAGCAACAGCACCGAAAGCUUUUUUAGGCCUGUUAACGAAACACCCCCCAGAGUGAUUUGCGUUUCAACAGAAAGUAUAAAAAAGUUGAAUGUGCUCAAGCUUUGUAACUUUCGGAUUUAAGAAGCAACAACCUUGAUGAUAGAACCCCACCGCCUGAAUGUGGUGCAGAAGUAUUGAUCCUCUGUCUGCCAACAAGUUCUGAGAUUGACAGCACCUUAAGAAAUUCAUACGUCUUAAGCCGCAACGCUUUCUUGUAGCUUGUUACUAAUAAAUUUUAGACUGCAAAGCAUAGCUAUUAUCGUUAAAAUAUGAUAUUAGUAAAUAUAGUCUGGUUUAUCUUUCUCGUAUGGUCUAGUGAUAAUACUACACAGUGUCUAAAUUGGUUUCCGACACAUUUUACUCAUGUCUACUGUUCUUAUGACUCAUGUGUUUUCCAGAGAUAGUACGUACUAUCAGAACUCUGUGACAACUAUUUUAGUGAAAUGCUUUUGUGCAAAUGUUGUUUUAGAGGAACAGAUGUAGGAAUUCUAUAUCAAUGUCCCAGGCCAUUACAGAUGGUGUUCUAUUGUGAAAGCAGGUGUGUCCUUUGUGUAUGAGGUGCAAAAGUACAUUGCACAAUACUGAUGAGAGUGUAAGCCAGUUGAAGAGAGCUCUGUCCAAAGGGCUGAUAAAAGGAGCGGUUGCGUCUGUGUUGAAUGAGCAAAGAGCCCACUUCGUGCCAGUGUGUUUAUUGGUACUUAAAACAACAACCACCACCCAUCUACUUGCACUUUCCAUCACAUCUAUGUUCUCAGUGAGGACAGCUACUACUGGAAAGGUUCGAAACACAUGCUCACUUCACUUUUGUUGUUUUAUGAUGAAUAUAUUUUGGAGAAAUCCUCAACUCAUUAAUGCUGGGGUUUUUUUAGAGCAAGAGGCUCAUUAAAACCUUUUUUUUUUUCAUUUAUCUUGUCAUUUAAAUUUUGUUCUAAAUGUGUUUUGUUCUGCCCUGUUCCUUCAAAUCUUUCAUCUCAUUAUCAUUGUGAAUGUCAUUUCUAAUCUCAAGAGUCAUUUGCAACAGCCAUUCCUAAAUUUCUUUGAGAAAUGAAGUGCUCAGUUUUGCUCAUGACUCUUUAACACACAAACCUUGGGGUGGAUCAGGGGACUGACAAGGGAACAAAGAAAGUGAACAACAGACCUGCUCACUCGUUGUUUCAUGAAUGUCUGACAUUUAGUGGCAUUGAAGUGGUACAGUUAUGGUUGACUGGCACUAGAACGUGCCUUGCUGACAAAAAGAGUUGAUGGGAGCGCAUUGGCUAUUGAUUUAUUGUUGUGUCUCACCAGGUGAUUCUGGUCAUACUUCAGUUUACCAUUUUUGAUGUAAGCUGGUAAAGUCCCUUGCUUUGAACUCAAUUCUCACUCAAUCAUAAUUUCUGUGACUUUUUCAUGCUUUGUCAUUCACAUAAAUUUGCCAUAGACCUAGUUAAUGAUCUCUGGUAUUUAAUAGUAUUUUUUAUUCUUGAGUGUGGCGGAGACAAUGUGAGGGAGAGAAUGGGCCUCAAGUUGCAAGAAUUACUCAAAGAUAGAAAAUUGCUGUCAGAAUCCAUAACUGAUGUGAUGCCUUUAGUUUGUCAAGCUUGUCCCAUGAAUUGUCCAAUUGUGGUUGAGGAACUGGAUCUAGUGUGAAUGCUCUCCUUCCCUUUUGAUUGACACUUUGCUCUCUCUGUGGGGACCUCCGCUACCUCGAAGAUGUCAUACUCUUCUAAUUUUUUCAUUCUUUCAUCAAUUUCUUCUGGGCUCAGAGCCUUGGACUUGGGGCACUCUAGUCAGAGCCUCUGAAGAGGAAAAAAACUUCAAUAGUUAUUUUCUGAAGCCUAGUACCCAAAGCUGGGACGGGUUUCUUUUUUUUUUUUUUCCCUUUUUAUGAAUACGGCAUGUUUGAUUGUCGAAGUAGAAGCCACAUGUCUUCUGGUACUUAUGGACUAGUCAAUUUAGUAUAUGACGUACCACUUUGAUGGGUAUGGGUAUAGUAACAAUUUGUCUGCAUGUAAUCAGAAGAUCCACUUUUCAGAUUGUACAACUGUUGAGUCUUUAAUAAGACUAGAAAUGUGUGCCUGACUCUUAUUUGUUCAUCUUUGCAUGAUUUUGAUGCAAUAAAUGUAUACAGUAUGCAGCUUCUUUUGUUCAGUCAUGCUUUUAGAAUUUGUCAUUUGAGUAACUUGAGAGGAAGAAAGUGAUAAUUGUGCCAAGGUAUUUGGUGUUAAGUAUAAAUCAUCUCUAUACGUUUUAUCGGCUCCUUUUCAAUUUUGACAAUAUAUUAUAAGCUGUGAACUUCUGCAUGCCCAUACUUAAUGAAUGAAACAGUUUCAUGAACUUAUUUUAUCUGAUAAUUGGGCAAGGAGGUAUGUUUACACAUCUUUCAGAGAAAUUAUAUGGUUGCUUUUAAGCACAAGGGAGCUAUCCCGUAAAAUGCUGUUUUGAGAAAAUUGAAGGUAAAGUUUUUGCCCCUUGUUCGGUUUCUUUUAAAGACAAGGAGAGUUUUCUCUAUAACCAAACAAAUACACACCAAUGAAACUAAACUCCUCCUAGAGGUAGGGCAAUGCCCACUUUUGAUGAAGGUCAAGAUUUCUGGAAACCCUCGAAACCUGGGUUAGCCCGCUCAUCCUUAAUAGCAGUAGGUGUAUUGAUAUCAAGAAAUACUAUUUUUGUCUUCAUUAUAGUACUUAUUAAAGACGACUACAAAAAUAUCCUCAGUAAAUUGCCGUUCACAUUUUUCUUCUCCCUGCAUUCUAAUACGCAGCUGUUUAGAUUUGUGAAAGGAUUUUGAUUGGGGCAGACAUUUUGGGGAAAAAAGUAUAGAGAUUAGUAUGAUGCAAGACUUAAAUAACAAGUAGGCCUUUAUUAAUCUUGCUAUGGAUCUCUUGAUGUUGUUUUAUUAUGACAUUGACUUGUGCAGCAAUACUUUUUCUUUGUUGACUUGGGGCAAGAAUUGCCCACAGUGCAGGUCAUGCCAACAGUGAUUUUUUUUGUUCUAUUUCUGUCUUCGUUAUCUCAGUAGUGUCUGAUCGAUGCUCUUUAUGCUGCCUUGAGGCAUGUUAAUUUCACCCAUUUCCCAUGGACUUGUAAUGUAUAUUAAAAGUAUCGAGAAUUACG